AUGUAUGCAUUGUCUACUAGUGCUGAGGGUGUCUGUCACCUAUGUGUGCCGCCUUACCCCUAUAUCCAGUCUGCUGCUCUAGGUGCUGGUGAGGCUGGUGCUCUAGGUGCUCGUGCGUCUCCUGCUCCAGGUGUCGGUGAGGAUGCUGCUCUAGGUGCUAGUGCGUCUCCUGCUCCAAGUGCUGGUGAGUCUGCUCUCUCUGGUGCAGUGCCUGCUGCGGUCUUGCACACCUUCACCCUUGACUCGGGUGCUUCCCGCUCAUUCUUUCGAGACCGCACCACCCUCACGCCGCUUAGUCGGCCGGUUGCAGUCUCCCUGGCAGACCCCUCUGGGGGUCCUGUCCUUGCUCACUACUCCACUGUCCUACCGUGUCCGGCGGCCCCGUCUGGCUCCCUGUCAGGUCUCUACCUCCCCUCGUUCUCUACAAACUUGGUGAGUGGUGCUGACCUGCAGGAUGGAGGGGUUGACCAGUUCACUCCUGCGAGUCAGCGAGUGACCCACUCCACGUGUGCUCGGACGGGCCAACACUUGGCCACGUUUACCCGUCAGCCGGGGCCGAGCCUGUACACAAUGACGACUGAGUCUCCUUCGGUUACUGCGUCUGGUCAGGUUGCUGCGUUGGGUCAAGUGUCUGCUGCAGCGUCUCCGUCUAAUCUUGAGUCUGCCCCCUGCUCGUGUCGCCUCCUGUCCCACCAGACUCUCCUCUGGCACCACCGCCUUGGUCACCCCUCCCUACCUCGUCUCCAAGGCAUGGCCUCCCGUCUCCUUGUCUCUUGUCUCCCCAGGUCCCUCCCUCCCCUUCCUCCGGGGCCUGCCCCCACCUGCGUUCCCUGCGUCGAGGGACGGCAACGCGCCGCUCCUCACUCCUCCGAGUUUCCUCCGACAGAGGCUCCGCAACAGACUCUUUACAUGGACGUGUGGGGCCCCACCCGCGUCCGUGGACAGGGUCAUGAGCGUUACUUCCUGCUGGUGGUUAACGACUACUCGCGUUACACCACAGUCUUCCCCUUGUGCCACAAGGGUGAGGUCAUUGAGGUGUUGAUUGAUUGGAUCCGCGCAGCUCGUCUCCAGCUCAGAGAGAGUUUCGGCUCGGACUUUCCUGUUCUGCGUCUGCACUCCGACAGGGGUGGAGAGAUUUCCUCCGACCUUCUGCGAGCCUUUUGUCGUACGGAGGGCAUCCGCCAGACGUUCACGCUUUUGGCCUCUCCACAGCAAAAUGGGAUGGCUGAGCGCCGCAUUGGCAUGGUCAUGGACGUCGCUCGUACGUCCAUGAUCGAUGCGGCUGCUCCCCAUUUUUUGUGGCCGUUCGCAGUUCAGUACGCGGCGCAUCAGAUCAACCUUCAGCCCCGGGUCUCCAUGCCGGAGACCUCCCCUACUCUGCGGUGGACGGGAAGUUGGCAGUUUUACCACCCCACCUCGCGCCGUGUUCUGUCCUCUCAGGACGUCACGUUUGGCGAGUCAGUUCCCUACUACCGUCUCUUCCCCUACCGCACUGCUCCCCUUCCCCCCCCGCCGCUCUUCCUCGCUCCAGGUACCCCCCCGGUAGACCCCCUCCCCCCACAGGGUACUGCUCCAUCACGUGUGUCCCUGGUAGACGCGGUCGAGCCUGUCGAGGUAGCUGUUGACUCUGGUGCCGGGUCUGGGGGUGCUGAGCCUGAACGUGUGGAGUCUGGGGGUGCUGAGUCUGGGGGUGCUGAGCCUGGGAGGUCCUUCCGGUGCUUCGUCCGGGCGGGAGCCACUCUCUCCGCAAGUGCUGCGCGCUGGCUUGCUAGGCGCUGGCGCCGUGCUGCUGGAGCUGGUGGUGCUUCCGGCGCUGGGGGUUCUGCUGCGGCUGGAGGUCCUUCUGCUGCUGGGGCUGCUGGAGGUUCUGGAGCCACGGGUCCCAGAGGUGCUCGUACUGGAGGUGCUGGAGCUGCCAGGCCUGGUGGUGCUAGUCGAGCUGGAGCUGCUGGCGGUGCUGGAGCUGGUGGUGCUGCUGGAGUAGGUGCUGCUGGAGGUAUUGGAGCUGGAGCUGCUUCGUCUUCCGGUGGUCCUAGUGGAGCAAGAGCUGUUGGAGGUGCUGGAGCUGGAGGUGCUGCUGGAGCCGGUGCUCCUGUAGGUGCUGGAUUUGGCGCUACUGGAGCAGCUGGUGGAGCUGCUGGAGCUGUUGGAGCUGGCUCUGGGGGUGCUGGUGCUGUCCGUGCAGGUUCUGGAGGUGCUGCGCGGCCACGGCCGUACUUCGUUCCGCUCCUUGAGCAGGUUCUUGAUCUUCCACCCUCCACUGGUCCUGCUCCUCCCUUAGAGUGUCCACCGCCUGUCCAGUCCGAGUCACAGUUACAGCCCGCCUCCCCACUGCUUGCUCCUUCUCCCUACACUGGUCCUACUGGAGGUCUUGCUGAGCGUCGUGAGCCUGCGUCUCGUCCUGCGUCGCCUGUUUGUGCUGCUCGCACUGGUCGUCGUGUUCCGCGUCAGCGUCCUCCUGCGGUCCAAGGCAAGCACCAGAUCGCACUGCGUCCUUCCACUGCUCCACUGCGUGUCCCUUUGCCGUCUCCUCCAGAGUCCUCUCUUCCUGUCCUUGCUGACCCGGAGUUUGACUCUCUUCGUGCUGCCAGUCCUACUGUCACGCGUCUCCUGGCUACUGUUGUCACUGACCCUUCCUUUGAGUCCAGUGCUGCGUCUGCCUUAGUUGCUGAGCUUGUCGACUUCGCUGCUCACUCUGGUAUAGACUACGCCGCUAGUCUUGUCGCUGAGUCUGAGUCUGUCAGUCCUCUGUCCGUCGGGGGUGAGUGUGCUCUUAGCACGGACGUUCUUGAGGAAGGGGAGGAGGAGUUCCUAUGUUUUGCUGCUGCUUUACCUCAUCUUGUGUCCAUGCUGAUUGCACCUGAGGGAGACCCGGAUGCACCAGACAUCCCGUCUCCGCGCUCUUACGCAGAGGCGAUAGAGGUCUACGGUCUCUGCCAGGCGCCCCGUGAGUGGCACGACACACUGAGGACUACACUUGCGGCUCUUGGCUUUGCUCCUUCUACUGCCGACCCGUCGCUGUUUCUAAGCACCGACACCUCCUUGCCGUCGUUCUACAUCCUCGUGUACGUCGACGACUUGGUCUUUGCCACAGCUGACAUUGCUGGACUAGCCCACGUGAAGUCCGAGCUGCAGAAGAGACACACGUGCACAGACCUGGGUGAAAUGCGCACCUACUUUGGCUUGCAGAUCACCCGGGACAGAGCACGGCGCACCAUUACCCUGACUCAGUCACACAUGGUGCAGCAGGUCCUUCAGCGCUUCGGCUUCACGUACUCCCUGCCUCAGGCCACUCCUUUGUCUACUCACCACUCGCUCUCAGCUCUGGCUUUGGAUGAGUCUGUAGAGCCAAGUGGCCCGUACCCAGAGCUUGUUGGCUGCCUCAUGUACCUGAUGACCUGCACUCGACCUGACUUGGCAUACCCUCUUAUCAUCUUGGCACGCUAUGUUGCUCCUGGGAGACACCGAUUAGAGCACAUGGUUGCAACGAAGAGGGUGUUGCGCUACUUGUGCAGUACGUCGGGCAUGGGGCUUGUGCUUGGAGGGCGGAGUCCAGUGGUCCUCACUGGUCACGCAGACGCUUCUUGGGCUGACGACCAGGCUACGCAGUGGUCGUGA